UUUUGUUUUUGUUUUUUUUCUUCUCGUUUUCGAGGAUCAAACUUUGAGGACCACCUGGUUUGAGGACGGCUUUAAGUGCCACGCGGCUGCAGGAGAGGCCAAGAAGUCAGCUCGUUUAUGCGGCCUCCAAACAAACUUUAAGAGGACGUUGGGACCCAUCGGCCGGGGAGAUCCUGCAGACAGCCCAGGAGCGAGCGGUGGAGAUUAGGGAUUUGCUGGGGUGGAACGGAUAUUAACCCGAAUUGGUGGUGCUUUUAGAUCUCGCCAGAUGGCAGCCGUGAAUGAAUGGACGAAGAGAGGCCCCUUAGAGUGGCACGAUUACACUUACAAAGAAGUCAGAGUGACAGCAAGUGAGAAGGACUAUAGAGGAUGGGUUUUAACCACAGACCCCGUCUCUGCCAAUAUUGUCCUCGUGAACUUCCUUGAAGAUGGCAGCAUGUCUGUGACCGGGAUUAUGGGACACGCCGUGCAGACUGUUGAGACUGUGAGCGAAGGGGACCAAGGAGUAAGAGAGAAGCUGAUGCAUUUGUUUGCCUCUGGAGACUGUCAGGCAUUCAGCCUGGAGGAUCUGGAAAACAGAAGGAACAGCCUGAGGAAAUGGCUUGAGAAGAACCACAUCCCGGUCACUGAACAGGGAGAUUCGCCAGGGACCCUCUGUGUGGCUGGGGUCCUGACUAUAGACCCACCUUAUGGUCCAGAAAACUGUAGCAGCUCGAAUGAGAUUAUUCUGUCCCGUGUUCAGGAUCUUGUUCAAGGACAUCUUGCAGCUUCCCAAUGAGAAGCCAAGAACUAUGGGUGCACUGAAAUAAGACUAAUAUUUUUUCUUCAUAAAAUGUCUUGAAUGUUAAGGCCGUCAUACUACAGGACUUUAAAGGCACACAUUGUGUGUGUGUGUGUGUGUGUGUGUGUGUGUGUGUGUGUGUUUUAAUUUUUUAAAAUUAAAGACGUGGAUUAUGAAUGCUAAUAAGUGUACUGUUGCAAGGAUAACAUCACAUGCAACAAAAUUAGCACAGGGACAUUAGGCUUGUAAGUCCUUCUGAUGGAGCUUAUACCUGCAAGAGGUGUAUUUGGAAAAAUGCAACAUGUUGAACAUAAAAUGCAUUAAGUCCUUUGCA